CGCGCUGGGAAGGUGGGGCCGCCGUGGAUGCUGACACGUCCCGGGUGGAGCGACUGUCAGUGCUGCAUCCAAUACAGCGGGGUCCCCUUCAAUGUUCAACUCGGAAACAGCGUCGUUAAGCAGCCCUGGCCCAAAUUCUCCAUCCUCGCUGUUGUCGUGAACGUAGCGAGAAAGGGGCUCGGAGGCCGGCGGAGCAUCGAUUCGGUGCAUCAGCCGGUGUGGCGGCGGCAUCAUGAGGUCGGGACACGGCCUGACAGGUGGAGGAGCAGGAGUUGUCGAAGGAACCUGCUGAGCGUGAAGGGUGGAAGAUGGAGGGCAGUGGGGAGGAGAAAGUGGAAUUGGAGGAUAUACUAAAUAGACUGAGAGAAGAUGGAAUUAACAUUAAUGCCUGCAGUGGAAAUGAGUAUUUGUGUCAUCUCUGGCGUAUAUAUCAGCGGUCUGAGGCCAUGUUGCAAUCUACCAAACAGGAUCUGGAAGAUCUGCAAAAACAACAAGCUGCUGAGAUGAAAGAGGUGGAUAGUUAUGUGGAUCAUAUACGCAAUUUAUCAGUGGAACAAGAGGCAGUGAUGGCCGAAUAUGAGCGGGAGAAUGAAUUACUGAAGGCAAAACUGCAACAGCUGCAGCUGGAGCAAGAAACACAAAUAAAGGAAGUGCAGGAGAUGCUGCAUCAGGAAGGACUUGCAGCGAUCACUCACGGUGGCUCGAGUGAGCAAGUAGCCUACCUUCUUGUGGAGCGUGCCACACUGCUGGAAAAAUUGGAACUGGCAGAGAGGAAAGUGGAGAAUUUUAAAGGGGAUCCCCAUGGGAUACAAUUGCAGAGAGAGCUGAACCAGAUGCAGCAAACCUUUGAAGAGGAAUUGAAACAGCAGAGGGAAUCCAUGCAACAUACCAAGGAAACUAUGACAAAAGAUCCUUUAUCUCAACCAUUGAGCCCAUGGAAGAAGCUGUUUGGGAUCCGUCAGCAGGCACACACUGUCUCCAGAGACAUAGCUACCCACGAAGUUGACUUAAAUAAAGAGAGGAAACUACGGGAACAAGCAGAACAGGACCUGGAUGAAGCAGCACACCGGUUACAGAUGGCACACGAGGAGAUACGUCGACUAACGGAUGAAUUGGACACGGAGAAGAAAGUACACUGCAGCACUGAUUUCAUAGAACUAGACAAAGCGAAAGAAGAGAACAUUCGACUGGAUCAAGAAAUUCAGACAUUACGCCAUCGUGUACAAUCGUUGGACACUGAACGGAAAUCUCUCUUAGAAACAGUAGAAAGCCUUCAAAAGCUCCAACCACCACAGACUGGACAAGGCAGUGAUCCCCACCACAUGGAACACGUUGAACCAUCUUUCAAUUCUACAGACCUCAGUGUAGUUGACGACCUUAACCAAGAUUUGGAACGAGCAUCAACUGCCUCUGAUACACCCCCUUCAAUUUAUGACAGUCAUCAUCCAAGAACAGAGCAACUCCACAGAAGAUGCCACCAUGAGAUUAAUCAGCUUGAAUCCAAGAACCAUGAGUUGCAGCGCAAGUUGCAUAAAUAUCAACAAGAGCUUGAAGAGGUGAUGCUGAUGAAGGAGACGCUUGAAUCCACUGUGGAAAGUUACCAGAAUCAUUCAAAAGAUGACAGGCAUAGCAAUGACUGUGAAAAGGAAGUACUCAAAGCCAAGAUCAGCACUAUGGAAGCUGAUUACCUAAAACUGAAGCGAAAAUACAAGGACCUUAAAGCCAAAAGUCAUUUUCCAGAUAUAAACCCAGAUGUCCAGGAGCGUAUAAAGAAGAGUCAGGAAGCACUGGAGAGCACACAGCUAAAGCUUGAUGAAGAAAUUAAAAAGCGGGAGCAGUUGGAAUCUACACUAGCAGCUGCUGAGCAGUCAAAAACACGGGAAGAUGAGGAGUUGGAAGCUUUCAAAACCCAAGUGCAUCAUCUGAAUUUGGAGCUGAAGAAUUAUCAUGCAGCAGCAGAGCAGAAUCAAAUAUUAAAUCAAGCUCUUGAAAGGAUGAAGAAGGAAAACUGUAUUCUAGAGGAGAAGUUCAGCAAGGUAGUGGAGGAUUACAAAGGCGUCUGCAAAAGCCAGAAGGAGACAUCAAGCAAUGAAUGGAAAGAUAUGGCAGAUGGCUAUCUGUGCCAGAUAGAUGAAUUGAAGAGCACUGUACUCAAACUCGAAGAGGCAUUAAACAGCAAGACAAUGACUGACGAUUCUGCAAAGAAAGUAGAAUGUCUGCAGCAGCAGCUCAACACAGUGCUAAAGGAAAAUCAGCAGCUAAAUCAGGAGAAGAUUAUUUUGCAGCAGCAGUUUUGUACCAACCAGCAGGGCAGCCAGAUUCUGAAUCAGGAGUACGUAACCAUACGGCAGCAGUUCAUCUGCUACCAGCAGGAAAACAAAAUUCUAAAAGAGGAGAACUUAUCAGUACGGAAACAAAUGGCAAGCUGCCAACAGGAGAACCAGCGCCUGACCCAUGAAGUAUGUAACAUACAGAAACAGCUGAAUGACCUAAUGCUCUCCAAAGAAAAAGUGGAAGACAGCAUCAAUCAGGUGCAGCUCCAGGCUCUAAAGAUGGAAGUGAGCCAGAUGCAGUCUUCCCUAGAAUUCGAACAGAAGAAUGCUUGCCAGCAGAAACAAACCCUAGAAUUACAGCUUGAGGAAUCAAACAAUAAACUCAAGUCUCAAGAAGCCUUGUUGGCCCGCUACGCAGAAGAGUCACGUCAACUGCGACAGGACUUACAGAGGGUGCACAACCUGUGCAGCAGCGCUGAGAAAGAACUGAAGUACAAGAGAGAACAACUAAUAGAUCUGCAAAAUCAAAAUUCUCUACUUGGUCAGGAAAAUACCAGGAUGAAAGUGGAUUUAAAUGCAGUGCAGUGUAGUCUAUCAGAUGUGGACAAACACAACAUAAUGCUGAAAUCAGAAUGUGAAAUUAAACAACAGAGACUAAAAGAAAUGGAACUGGAAUCCAGCAAGUACUUCCAUCUUGCAAAACAGUUAAAGAGCACACAAGAAGAUCUCACAGCAGAAAAGAACAGAUAUAUGCGUGCAGAGAAAAAGACUGCAGAGUUACAGCAGCAACUGAGCAGCAUUCAGCAUCAACUAUUACUGUCAGAAGCUCACAAAACGGACAGGGUGACAUUGGAAGCUGAACUUAAGAAAAGCAGAGAAACAGCAGACAAACUCAGCAACCAGCUACAAGCGGAAACUAUUCAGAGGAAACGUGCAGAUCAGAAUGUGGAAGAGCUACAGCAACAAUUAAAAUUAAUGCAAGAAAAGGAAGGAUGUUUAUCACGUGGCAAAUGUGAUCUUCAGCUGCAAUUGCAUCAACAGGGGGCACAGCUGCAGGUUUUGGAAAAAGAAAAAGAGUCCAUGUGUUCUGAGAAUCUCUGUAUUCAGAAGACUAAUGAUAAGUUAUCAGAUGAUCUGUGCUCACGCCAACAAGAAAUAGACAAGCUUAAGGAAGAACUGAAGAAUGUUUUCCAACAAUUAGAUUCGCAAGUCAGAAUCUAUAAUGAGAAACAAUUGCGACACAAACAGAAACUACGCAAAGCUAAGGAGAUAUUUAUCCGUGAAGUGAUGCUGCGGGAUAGUAAAAUAAAACAUCUGGAAACGGAGAUUAAACUGGUGAAAAACCUGAUGGAGAAGGAACACGCCUGGAAUGUGAAGGUUACUUAUGAAAACGAUCUACUCCUUGUUGAAAGGAAAGAUCUUCUACAGCAGUUAAGUGAGCAAGAGAAUGCUGUACGGAACAAUUCCUGUAAUGUAAAGCACAGAUCCACCAGCCCUGGUGCGCACACGUCGGCACCAUCAACAAAAAGUCUUAACGAGCAAUCCCAAAGGAAAUGCAAGAAACCAGCAUCCAGGAUUAGCUCUUUAGAAGAGGAGAGCAAACAACUUCAAGGAGAGACAACGAAGUUGAGUGAACGGCUUGGGUCACUGGAGAACUCUCUGAAAAUGAUUAAGACGGAUCCUGGCAAGUUACAUCAACCUGACAGUUUAUCUGUAUCCUUUGCUGAUGAGCCUUGCAAGUUUCUGUACAGUGACUCCUCUGUAAUGAAUGACAACUUCCUAACUUCAACACGAGAAACAACAUCACCUAGUGGUAUUAACAGUUUUGGUCAUUCAGAUCCUAUCCAAUAUGGCAGAACAAUGGAAAAUUCUGAUGCUGCAACAUCUUCAUAUACUCCAUCUCCACUGAGCCAGUUGGGUGUGGACUACCUUAAUGUGUCAAGCCGUUCAUGGUUCAAGGACCAGGAUGAUAGCCAAGUCUAGGCAAUGAUGAUGUGUGGUCUGGCCAUGACUGAGACAGAAGUAAAUCUGAACACAGUUUAAGUGGAUCCCGAUUGUGCCAUACGAAGAAAAUUCAAAAGCUGGAUGAUCCACAAGGUGUUUCUAUCUGGAGUUAAAAUAAUGCUGGUAACGGAGCCAGAGACAUACUGAUUCAACAUGCAACAAACUGUUGUCUUUGUCACGUUUCCUAACAGGAAUAUUAACACAUCUUUCUCUGGAUGAGUAGUGAUAGAUUGGUUGAAGUACCUAUCUUGGCGCCGGUCCAGCUUUGCACACAAGCACACAAACACUGGAAUUAUACCAGUAGUUGGGCAAGUGAAACACUGUGGUUCUGUGAUACAAAUGUCCCCAAUUCCCUCCCAGUGUAAAAAAUUAACUUCUGCGUUGCUAUCCACUUUGAAUAAUGCAAAGAAAGAGUUGACUUGUAUGAGCAAUUGGUUAUGUCAGGGUGUAAUUUUAUUUCAGUAAAUUUCCACAGUUUAGAAAACAAUAAAGCAUUAGUAUUAGAAAGUAUAUCAAUAAUUAGAUGAUAAAGCUCCACAUUGAGACUACCUACUCAACCUAAUGCCUCUUGCUCUGCCUUUGUCCCAAAUUGCUUGCUCCUGAGCUUUUGAAUUGAAUACAGUGUAUUUCUGGCCUGAUUACUUGGUGAAUAAAGGAUAAGAGAUGGUCAUGUUGAAGGAAAGGAUUGAAGAAGAUAUGAAAAUAAUUGCACUGGAAGCGUAUCCAUGGACAUUUAAAGUGUGUCAGGUAAUCUCUAACUGAAAUUCUAACACUAGAAAAUUGAAAAGUACAUGCAGAAAUGAAGGAGAGAAACACUGAUUCCUGGCUAAUGUUCUUCUCUAAAAUAAUGUUGCAUUUUUCACAUUAAUGGGAACUAGCGAUUAAAGCUACUGAAGUGAUUUAAGGAGAUGGUGCAGUAGCCUACCAGUAACACAGGUAGUGAAAUGGAUAUUAAUGGCUAUCCUUUGAAGUAGUUUCUUACUAUAGUUGUGCCUUUGGGUGGGAGAAGACAAAUAGUAGUAGUAGUAGAGUUUUGAUAAUUCCUUGAAGGACAGUGUCAGGGAGGAGUCACCCACGGCUGUUACUCACGCCUCUUAAGCAGGGACAAGGGUGGCACUGGCAGAGGCCACAAAGUAGGUCUCCAUUCAGGGACUGGUAUUUGGAAUGUAGGAACUUCAAACUGAAAAGGAGAGAAACAUACUUUAAAAUAAAUGGACCAAACAAUAUGAGAUUGGAACUCCGUUAAUUUGGUAGUCGGGUAUUAAAGCAACUCUCCAGCGAACUACUGUUAAUCUAGAUUUCAUUCACUUUUUCUCAUCUUGUCCAAGCAAUAAUGACAAGUAUAUUUAUUACUGAUAAAUAAGAGAUCAGUUUCUACACAUUGGGUUGAGGGGAUCUUUCAAUUUGAUGUCCAGAUUUCUUUGUUAUGUUGCUCUGGUAUAUUGUUUUAUGAACUGCAUCAUCAUCUGCCACAAGGAUGCUGUUCUUGCUGCAGAGUUUAGAACAAUGAUCCUUAUUAUUGUGUUCUUCAAACUCACUGUACAGGCUCUGUUGUUUAGCUGAUUGUUGUCUGUACUGCUGACAUGAUCAAGCCAAAUCACUUGCUUCUCGUACCAACAUAUCUGGCAUGUACGUUAGUCAUAGUGCUUUGGAGCUGAUGAUUUUGUUGGACCUUUUUUAUUUCCCAUUAUGCUGUGGGCAGAGGAAGUCAGGAGGGCUAAAGGAGGACAUGUAGAUAAGUAGAGGAGAAUCCUAAGAUAUUCAAUAAAUGUUUCAAGAGGAAAAGGGUAUGGAGAGAAUAGGGCUCCUUUACAAUCAAUGUGUGAUCAUCUGUGUGUGGAGCCAAAGGAUAUUUAUUUAUUUAUUGAUCUACGCACAGAAUAGGCCCUUCCGGCCCAUCGAGCUGCACUGUCCAACAGUCCCCCGAUUUAACCCUAGCCUAAUCAGGGGACAUUGUACAAUGAUCAAUUAACCAACCAAUGAUACGUCUUUGGACUGUGGGAGGAAACCAGAGAACCUGGAGGAAACCCAUGUGGUCACGGGGAGAACGUACAAACUCUUUACAGACAGCAGUGGGAAGGGGCAAGGUCUUAAAUGAAUAUUUCUCAUGGAGAAGGCUAUGGAAGCUAGGAACUUGGGGAAAAGAACAAUGAUGUCUUGAAAAAGGCACACUAUGAAAGAUAAGUACUAGUGGUCUUAAAGCACAUAAAGAUUAAUAAACCAUUCAAACCUGAUCAGGUGUAUCCUAGAACAUUGUGGAAAGCUAGGGAAGAAAUUGCUGGGGUCCUGGCAGAGAUAUUUGUAUCAAUAAUAGCCAAGGGUAAGGUACUGGUAGAGUGAGGGAUGGGUAUUGUUGUGCCUUUGAGAAAUAGGAUCCAACAGAAUUUGGAAAUGCAUUGGUUGAUUAGGGGGUCAUCGAGAUGGCUUUGUGCGUGGAAAAUUUUGUCCCAGGAAUUUUAAAUCGAAGCAAGAGGCUAAGAGUGAAUGAGUGAAGGAAUCUCAGAGAGAAGUCAUUUUUAUUUACUGCUCGGGGAAAAGAGGCUAGACUGUGCAGGUGCAUGACACAGAGCACCAAGGGUUUAAAAAAAAGACCAUCAUAUCCAGCGGGCAGCGGAGUGAGAGGGAGCAGAGUGGGACGGCUUUGGCUCAACAGGCUUCAGCAUGAACAGGCAGAGACGAGAGUAGGUUCCGGUAAGUUUUGUUUUGUCUGUUUAGAGUAGAGAGAAUGCCAGGCAGGAUGUUGGAAUGCUCCUCCUGCAGGAUGUGGGAAGACAGGGAGACCUCUGGUGUCCCUGACAAUGCCACCUGAAAAAAGUGCAUCCAGCUGCAGCUCCUAACAGACCGUGUUAGGGAACUGGAGCAGGAGCUGGAUGACCUCCGGAUCAUUCGGGAGUAUGACGAGUUAAUAGGUAGUAAUUUCAGGGAGGUAAUUAUGCCAAAGGAGCAGCAUACAGGUAAUUGGGUUACCAUCAGGUGAGGGAAGGGGAAAGGGCAGGCAGAGCAGUGUUCCCCUGCCAUUCCUCUCAACAACAAGUAUAUCGAUUUGGAUACUGUUGGGGGGGAUGUCUUACCUGGGACAAGCUGCAGAAGCCAGAUCUCUGGCACUGAGUCUGGUUCUGCAGUGCAGAAGAAAGGGUUGAAGAAGAGGAGAGCGGUAGUGAUAGGGGACUCGAUAGCGGUACAGACAGGAAGUUCUGUGGUCGUGACAGUGACUCCCAGAUGGUUUGCUGCCUCUCGGGUGCCAGGGUCAGGUAUGUCUAUGAUUGUGUGCACAACAUUCUGAAAUGUGAGGGUGAGCAGCCAGAUGUCAUGGUACACAUCGGUACCAAUGACGUAGGAAGAAAGAGUGAAGAGGUCCUGAAGAGUGAGUAUAGAGAGCUUGGUAGGAAGUUAAAAAGCAGGACCUCGAGGGUGGUAAUCUCAGGAUUGCCGCCUGUGCCACGUGCCAGUGAGGGUAAGAAUAGGAUGCUCUAGAGGAUGAACACGUGGCUGAGAAACUGGUAUAGGGGGCAGGGUUUCAGAUUUCAGGAUCGUGGGCCCUCUUCUGGGGCAGAUGAGACCUGUACAAGAGAGACGGGUUACAUCUGAACUACAAGGGGACCAAUAUCCUUGCAGGGAGGUUUGUUAGUGCUAUUGGGGGGGGGGGGGUUAAACUAGAUUUGCAGAGGGAUGGGAACCAGAGUGCCAGAGCAGAUAGUGGAGCAGGGGUGAAAAUAAAUGACGUUAAAGGUUCAUGCAAAGUCACAAAUAGAAGGGUUGUGUGUGGUGGUAAUAAUCUUCUGAGGUGUGUCUAUUUUAAUGCAAGGAGUAUUGUGGGGAAGGCUGACAAGCUGAGGGCGUGGAUUGACACAUGGAAUUAUGACAUUGUAGCCAUUAGUGAAACUUGGAUACAGGAGGGGCAGGACUGGCAGCUUAAUGUUCCAGGGUUCCGAUGUUUCAGAUGUGAUAGAGGGA